CCUAAAUGAUGAGGAAACAGUUAUUUGCCAGCAGACGUAUGACAAUAUAACUAAGAAUCAGUGUGUCUUUGAGGACUUUCAGCUAGCAGGUUUAGGCAGAACGCUCAAGUUAGAGCUUGGUUUGGUUACCAAUUAUAAAUUGAAACGAAACGUAACCCAUCAAUUAGUGCUGGAAUAUACUGAUGCAUUGCUGCAAUUACCUAUAGACUAUAAAGCCUGUAAUCUUCCCCAACAAACUCCGAUCCUCAAGGGGCUCCAUCACGACCUGAAAAAGAAGGAACAUCUAUUGAAAUUUGUGGUGUUUUGCUUCGGUGGAAACAGAAAGCCAUGAGGCUUCGAUAGUAGGACGCAACAUGGCUAUAUUCAGCAGUUGGAACCCCAAGCUGCCGGCCAAGGUUACCCUUUGGAGUAAGAACUUCAUAUUAAACUCGUGGAAUAGCAGCCAUCUGAAUGUGCCCAUCCUUACCAAUGCCUUCCAAAGACAACCUCAGAAUGUGGGGUACAACGACACCACUAAGAGCAUCCACUGGGACGACCCCAUAGAGAAGAAUAAUCUCAUUGGCUACACCCUUUACUGGUGCCUCAAGUCCAGCAUAAGCACGUGUAACAGCUCCAGCUGGCUAAGCAUGCAAUCCUACAGCCUUAGAGGAAAGCAGAAUCAUUUAGAGUUUGCCAGUUCUCUGGCAGGGCACAAUAAAGCCGUGGAGGCUGAUUACAGCGACGGGAUCAGUGUUGGAACGACGUGGAUUCUUCCGGCAAGUGAAGAUGAAGAUCUUAACAUAUUGGCGGUUAUCACUUGCUAUGAUAUGGUCAUUAUUGCCAUAUUUAAGGUCCUUAUCGUUAUCAUCUUUAAAAAAACUAAGACACCGCGGAGUAGGUACAAACAAUUAUAAUGCCUCCCCAUUCAGAGAAUAUAACUCUCUCGGAGGUAUGUUGGUUAAUGAGAAGGAUAAGGGGCCAGGAUUGAUUAUUGAUCAUUCUUACUUAAUAAUGAAGCCUUGGAAUAGGCUUCAACAUCAGAGGAGAAUCGUUUUCCUUAUGUUCCUCCUCCUCCUCCUCCUUGUCCUGAGUUGUUACAUUACAUUACAUUAUCCUUAACAAAGUCUGUUUAUAUAUGUAGCUAUUGAGAUCCUAGGAAAUUCUAUAAUAUUCCACAUAUAUUUAACAAAAUUUCAGCAUUACUUAAACUUUUAAAAUCGGUUCUGUAACGUAAAUCACAGCUACAAUGUGUCUGAAUGUUGAAUAAAGGAGU